UUAAGCCAUUUUAGGAGGUGUAUUUUGUGUAGAGUUUUAGUCAUCUCGCAAUAUGAUCGGACUAUAUGUUCAGUGAAACAAGAUCUCUGUAGCUUUAACAGAUAAAAUAAAAAUGCAUAGAUGUGCUACAUCCUUCGGUUUCAUAUACAAGUCAACUAACAUUCGUGCUCCUUGGAGAAAUAUAUGCUUUCAAAGUAGAACUUUGACAGGACAACUACAAACUCAACGACUUUCUUGUAAACAUCUAAAUGUUUCGAUUCGGGAAUUGAGAAGUUCUGCCGUGUUUGCCUCUUCGAGACAGAUCGACAGAAUAUUACCUAGACAUGAUGAAUUCGUCCAACGGCACAUUGGACCCAAUGCCAAAGAGAAAGGGGAGAUGCUCUACGCUCUCGGACUUGAGACUGUUGAGGAACUUAUUGCAAAAACUGUCCCGUCCUCUAUCCGUUUACAAAGAAGCUUGAAAAUGGAUGAUCCGGUUUGUGAGAAUGAAAUUCUGCAUGUACUGCAAAGCAUUGCCAGCCAGAACAAGGUGUGGAGGACCUACAUUGGAAUGGGCUAUUACAACUGCUCUGUGCCAGCAGUUAUACAGAGGAACCUGCUGGAGAACUCAGGAUGGGUGACCCAGUACACACCGUACCAGCCGGAGGUGGCCCAGGGACGUCUGGAGAGUCUGCUGAACUAUCAAACCAUGGUGUGCGACCUGACGGGCCUGGCGAUGGCCAACGCCUCUCUUCUGGAUGAAGGCACUGCUGCCGCUGAGGCUAUGCAGCUGUGCCACAGAAAAAACAAGAGAAGGACCUUCUAUAUUGACCCUCGCUGUCACCCGCAGACGAUCGCUGUCGUGGAGACGAGAGCCAGGUACAUUGGUGUGAAGACUGAGCUGAAGUUGCCAGAUGAGAUGGAUUUCAGUAAGAAGGAUGUGAGUGGGGUACUCUUCCAAUACCCAGACACAGAGGGCGGAAUACACGACUUCACGGGACUGGUGGACCGUGCCCACAAAGCUGGGGCUCUGGCGUGCUGUGCCACUGACCUGCUGGCCCUGUGCCUGCUGAGGCCUCCAGGCGAGUUCGGAGUCGACAUCGCUCUGGGCAGCUCCCAGAGGUUUGGGGUUCCUCUCUGCUAUGGUGGGCCUCACGCUGCCUUUUUCUCUGUAAAAGAGCAGCUGGUCAGGAUGAUGCCAGGAAGGAUGGUCGGAGUCACCAGAGAUGCCACGGGGAAGGAGGUCUAUCGCCUGGCCCUGCAGACUAGAGAGCAGCACAUACGCAGAGACAAAGCCACCAGCAACAUCUGCACUGCUCAAGCUCUUCUUGCAAAUAUGGCUGCCAUGUUUGGCGCAUACCACGGUCCCGAAGGUCUCAGGCACAUUGCUAAUAGGACACACAGCGCGACCCUGAUCUUGGCUGAAGGCCUGAAGCGAGCAGGGCACACCCUGCAGAACGAGGCGUUCUUCGACACUCUCAAGAUCCACUGCGGCACCACGGCCCGGGACGUCCUGGAGAGAGCAAAGCAGAGGCAGAUCAACCUGCGGGUCUACAGCGAAGACACGUUGGGCAUAUCUCUGGAUGAGACUGUGACGGAGUGUGACUUGGACGAUCUGCUGUGGGUGGUGGGGUGUGACUCCUCAGCCGAACUGAUUGCUGAGAAAAUGAGCAGCAGUAUAAAAGGCAUUCUGGGAACUUCUUUCAAGAGGACCUCCACAUACCUCUCACACCCAGUGUUCAACAGUUAUAACUCUGAGACGAACAUUGUUCGCUACAUGAAGCGGCUGGAAAACAAAGACAUUUCUCUUGUUCACAGCAUGAUCCCACUGGGUUCCUGCACAAUGAAACUGAACAGUUCUGCUGAGCUUAUGCCAAUCACAUGGAGGGAGUUUUCCAAUAUCCACCCCUUUGUACCUCUGGACCAGGCAGAGGGUUACCAGAAGCUUUUUCGACAACUAGAGAGAGAUCUGUGUGAAAUAACAGGAUAUGAUGGUAUAUCCCUUCAGCCCAACAGUGGGGCCCAGGGUGAAUAUGCUGGUCUCGCUGCGAUAAAAACCUACCUGAACUCUAAAGGGGAGGCACACAGAACAGUUUGUCUGAUCCCGAAGUCAGCCCAUGGGACCAACCCAGCUAGUGCUCAGAUGGCUGGGAUGAACGUCCAGGUGGUGGAAUCGGAUCGGGGUGGCAGUAUUGACAUGGCUCACUUAAAGGCCACGGUGGACAAACACAAGGAUAACCUGGCAGCUAUAAUGGUCACUUACCCCUCAACCAGUGGCGUGUUCGAGGAGACUAUCAGCGAGGUGUGUGCGCUCAUCCACCAGCAUGGGGGACAGGUGUACCUGGAUGGGGCCAACAUGAAUGCGCAGGUAGGGUUUUGUCGUCCAGGAGAUUAUGGAGCAGACGUCUCCCAUUUAAACCUGCACAAAACCUUCUGCAUUCCCCAUGGAGGUGGAGGCCCAGGCAUGGGGCCCAUUGGCGUGAAGCAGCACCUUGUGCCUUUCCUGCCCAGCCACCCGGUUGUCACCCUGAUGCCGGACAACUCUGCCACCUCCCAGGGCACCAUCAGUGCAGCGCCUUGGGGCUCCAGUGCUAUCCUGCCCAUCUCCUGGGCCUACAUCAAGAUGAUGGGGGCAGAGGGGCUGAGGCAAGCCACAGAAACAGCCAUUCUGAAUGCUAACUACAUGGCCAAGAGGCUGGAGGGUCACUAUAAAGUGCUUUUCAGAGGCGAGAGAGGUUUUGUUGCUCAUGAGUUCAUCCUCGACAUGAGACCCUUCAAGAAGACUGCAAAUAUUGAAGCUGUGGAUGUGGCAAAGAGGCUGCAGGAUUACGGCUUCCACGCCCCCACCGUGUCGUGGCCCGUGGCGGGCACCCUGAUGGUGGAGCCCACGGAGUCCGAGGACAAGGCUGAGAUGGACCGCUUCUGCGACGCCCUGGUGCAGAUACGCCAGGAGAUCGCCGACAUCGAGGAGGGACGGAUGGACGUGUCCGUCAACCCGCUGAAGAUGGCUCCUCACUCCCUGGCUUGCGUUGCCUCCUCUGGUUGGGACAGGCCCUACUCCAGGGAGUGUGCUGCCUUUCCCCUGCCGUUCAUCAAACCAGAAAGCAAGUUUUGGCCAUCGAUCUCCAGGAUUGACGAAGUUUACGGCGACCAGAAUCUCAUGUGCACCUGUCCCCCGUUGGAAGCAUAUGAAUCUCCUUUUGAAGAGAAGAGGGCCUCGUCGUGACAUGACAGGGCUCAUGCAUUUUAUGUACGUUUGCAGUUGUAGCGGUUAAAAUCCAGCAGUGAUAAAAUUACCUUUCCUUCACAGUAUGUGGUAUGCAUAUCUUAUCGUACAUAUUGUACCGUUGCCUUAGGAUUUCACAUUUCUGGAUAAUCUUUUUUUGUUGUUGUAUGACAAUCGCGUGCAAUAUUGCUCAAGUUUCAGCUCAGUGGUUUAUUGGGAGGGGAAAAAAGUAAAACAUUUUUUUUGAAUGAAUCAGGUUUAUUCAUCAUGAGCAAUGUAUUAAUGUUUGAUAAAAAGCUAUAUAAUACUUGGAUAUUAAAACGUGUAUCAGCCAAUAUGUAUUUUUUUUUUCUAUGGCCCUCAAUUAAUUGUGCAAGCCAUGAGGCAAUGAAUUCACAUUAAAAUCUCGCCAGGCUUAUUGAAAA